UGGUUUCCAUCACGUGACCACGCGCACAUGCCUUCUGGUACUUGGUCUUCUUCAUAUUGGACUUCCCUUUUAUUUCCUUUCCCCUACCCUUUCAUAGAUAAUUCAUAAUGGCUAGUGCUGCCAGAAGACCAAGAAAGAGUACUAACAAGCGUUUGAACGACAUUCAACAAGAUGAUUUCGUUCCUCGUAGAAGUCCCAGAAUUAACAAAAAGCAUGGACAAGGACUACCCAGGCCUGGUGGGGGUGGAUACCCACUGCUAGUCGCUACACGUCCGAGUCUUAUUUCGUAUCGGAGCGAUACCAGCGUGCUUGAUGAGAGUGGACAGAGCGUCCCUAGUACCUUUGAUAAUGAUACUACCCUUGAUUCAACAACUACUACAGAAACCAGUGUACAACAUGAUCAUACUUAUUCUUCCACAUAUCAUGGCUAUCAGCCUCAGCCUGGAAGAGCCUUUGUAUUAUCUGAUGAUGUCAUUCCAGUUACUAGUAGCCCUAAUAAUAGACUUUAUGGAUUAGAUGUUAGCGAUGAUGAAGAGACCUUUAUCGCAAAAGAAGAUGGUGACGUGGUUCGAUCCCCAAGGGAAUACAAUAGACAUUACAAAGAGAGGACAUUGACUCCUAGGAAACAAGCAGAUGCAGCUGGCGCAUCUUUCCUAACAAGUCUUCUAUCUUUAUUUAUUCGUUUUGUGUAUAGAAUCGGAUCUUUAAUCUAUUUGUUGUCAAACACUGUCUUCUGCUGUGAUAUUACAUUAUUGAACAAGUUAGGACAAAUUUUUAAUGGCCCAAAUGGACGGAGGCAAAGGUUUGGUUUUGUUCUUCUCUUUUUGGCUUUCUUUAUUGUCUGUCUGUGUCUAAUUGUCCCCCAUCUGCCAGCAGCUGCUCCCUCCCUCCCUCCUCCUCCUCCCCCUCCUCCUGUUACUGCAACAACAGAAACUUCAUUCUCCACGAUCACUACUACAGUUGUCCCCUCUCCACCUCCUGCUCCUCCCUCUCCCCCUUCUCCUCCCUCUCUCCCUUCUCCCCCUUCUCCUCCUUCUCCUCCUCCUUCGUCUAUUUCUGAGAAGGAACUCUCCAAUAUUAAGAGUCAAAUCGAGGCACUGAGGAUUAGAGUUGAAGAAGUUUCUGUAAAGAGUAGUUCUGAUGUUCUCUCUCUUACUGACACCUUUAACAGUUUGAGUGUUAAUAAGGAAUUGAAUAAAUUGGAAGCUGCAGUUGAUACCAAGUUAGAGUCAAUCAAAGACAUAGAAAGGAAGAGAACUGAUGUACUUAUUAAUCAGCUUAAGACUGACCUUCAACAGCUCUCCGCUGAAUUGCAGACCUCAAAAGCCGACAGGCAAGCCGCCAUUGAUAGAUUGACGCUUGAAUUACAAAAGAAACCAAGUGGGGAUGGAUUGAGUGAAGCGCGUGUGAGAGAGAUUGCACAAGAUGUGAUCGAGCGGAAAUAUAAAGAGAUCCUGAAACUAAUUGAUAGCCAUAACAAUAGACAAUCAACUGAAAUUGAUGAGUUGAAAGAGCAGCUCAAGGUGUUGCCAACUUUUAAAGCUCAGCUUACUCAGAUUGAAACCAAUUCUGGAACACUUUCGGACAGAUUUAGUGGAAAGUUUACUGAGUUGUCUAAUGAUUUGACGUCACUCAAGGCUAACGAAAUUCUUGGCAAAGAGAACACGAAAAAGAUCAAUGACAAGUUACAAGCUCUUUCCGAUUCAAUGGACCUGUUAGAUAGUCUAGUUCAGAAUCAAGCUACAGUUACUGUCACAGCAACUCCUUCUCCGUCUCCUAAUACUCGACCAGUUGAUGUCAACGAGGAUCUUGUAUUGAGUAUAGUGAAGAGAGAGUUACUCCGAUACAGUGCAGACCAGAUAGAGAGGUUCGAUUAUGCUUUAGAGAAUGCUGGUGGCAAAGUGGUGGGUCAUUCUGAUACUUAUGAUCUCUCGAGGAGUCGGGUUACAUUACUUGGGAUAUCACUGCCUAUUCCGGUGUCAAGACUGUCGCCUGAUGCAGUCAUACAGCCUAGUGUCUAUCCUGGUGAUUGCUGGUGCUUUACUGGCCAGAAAGGAUUUACUGUUAUCAAGCUUAGCCACAAUAUAAUUAUUGACUCCAUUACAUUGCAACAUGUUCCAAAAGCUCUUUCGCCACAUGGGACGGCAGCCAGUGCACCUAAAAAUUUCAAAGUUUAUGCUCAGAACUCAGCCGAUGAAGAGAACUCAGCUUUAUUAGGUAGUUUUACUUACGAGCUUAAGUGUGACAACCCCAUACAGUCAUACUCAGUUGGAGGCUUGGAGGAGCCGUAUAGAUUUGUAAAGUUUGAGUUUGAAUCUAACUAUGGCAAUCCAUCGUACACCUGUGUCUACAGGCUCAGAGUCCAUGGGUCGACAGCACCUAAGUAGGAGCUGGUCGCUGCUUAGGAAGAAACUUGUCUUGAUUUUAUUAUUAUAAUUCAUGGAUGUACAUGUAGUUACGUGUAUUUUCUUUCAGUUAUUAGAUUAUUAUUGUGGACUAUUAAUAUAGUCUUUUCUCCCCUUCCCUUCUCUCUUGCUCCCUCUCUCUUUCUCUCUAUUCUGCGUGUGUUUGAGACCCACUUUGACUUAUGUUUUUUGAAUUAAAAAAUUAUUUUAAAAAUU